AUGUCGGAACACGCGACUUGCUUGGGGUUCAUCGUGGGGCAGCUGUGCCCUUUGUGGGAUGGUUCUUGGUUUCUCAACAUCUGGCUGGCCACGGUAGAAAAUGGAAUACUGAACGAGAUGGGCGCCAAGGCCAUUGUUUUCCUGGGGUGCCAAAAAACCUGGGGCCGUUCCAUCACCAAGUCAAUUUGGACCUGGCUUCCUCCCCACCAGUCCUGGUCGCAACGUGUCUGCCCCGGCGGCCGUCUUGUUCUGGCCCUGCUGGGAUUCAUCAGUCUGAUCGGCCUCCUGACGGUCGUCUUUGGCAUCAUGGGCCACAAGGCUGGCAGCGAUCUGAAGAGGAUGGAGGAGACCCUCCAGAAGGUCAAUCGCUCGAUUUCCACAGAGAUGCUGGCUCUGAAACAAAAGGAGACAGACGACUUGAAGAAAUUGGCCAAGCUGGACCAGACGGUGAAGCACCUGACCGAUGAGAUGGACAAAGUGAAGUCCGAGGUCCAGGGCAAAGCGGUCGCCCUGCGGAACACCCUCCGGACCUUGAAUUGCGACGUGCAGGACAUUAAGCACAACCGAACAGCUGGCAAAGCGCCCUGCUGCCCACCAGGCUGGGAUUCCUUCGCCAGAAGCUGCUACUGGGUCUCCAAAGCAGAGAAGCCCUGGGACCAAGCCAAAGUCGACUGCGAGGACAAAGAUGCCCACCUGGUGACCAUCACCUCCUACCUGGAGCAGCAAUUUGUGGCCCAGCGCACGAAGCCUCGGUACACGUGGAUCGGGCUGUCCUACGCCAGCGGGAGCUGGAAGUGGGUGGACGGGACCUCAUACACCGUCCGCAGGAUAGACUGGACGUCUGGGCAGCCCUUCUACUACUCCUCAGUAGGAGGCGAUUUGAUGAGAUGCACCCACCUUCACCGGGACGGGAGGUGGAGCGAGGAGCAUUGCGUGCGCCGAUACAGCUGGAUGUGCGAGAUGGACCUCAAGGGCUGA